AAGGAGAAUGAAACAGCUCACUGACGUGUUGAGACACAGCUGAUAAGGAAAACAAAAAACCAACCUCAAAAACUAAACCAGUUCAGUCUCAGUGGAAGCCAGAAGCAGCAUCUGGUCUCUUUUCUCUCCCAGCAUCAAGAAGAUGUGUGCAACAGUGCUGAAGAUAUUUCCAAUUCUAGCCAUCCUUGCAGGCCACACCAGCGGGGUUGUGGUGACAGUCCCUGAGAAGACAGUGAAUGUCACUACAGGUGGAAAUGCAACUCUCCUCUGCACAUACACCAGUCCUGGAACCCUGGGAAAUUUCUUUAUUCAGUGGAGUUUUUACAGUGCCAAAGAGAGCCAGCUGCAUACCCAUUCCCCAUGCCAUGGUAUUCUGAGUAUGGAUGAAAAGUCAGUCAGUCUUUGUCAAAAGACGGUGUAUGUGACAGAUGCACGGGGAAGAUGUAGCUGGAGAUACAAGAUCUAUUAUUAUUCAGGAGGCCAGUCUUACUCCUACGGAGCAUUUAAGAACAGGAUAACAGCUUCAACAAGUCCAGGGAAUGCAUCAAUAACAAUCUCCAACAUGCAGCCCUCAGACACUGGUUCCUACACCUGUGAAGUUUUCAGUCCUCAGGGUGAUGCUGGACAGAGUCAAAAAUCUGUGGUUGUCAAUGUGCUGGUCAAACCAUCAAAACCUUUCUGUAAAGUAGAAGGAACCCCUGAGAAAGGCCAUCUGAUCUACCUCCUAUGCAACUGUGAAGAGGGGUUGCCUCGCCCCACCUACCACUGGUACAAAGUUGAUGAGAACACCCUCAAGCCUGUGAGAGAACAACUUGAUCCAAACUCUGGCAUCCUUUACAUUGGCAACCUCACCACCUUUGAAACUGGCUACUAUCGGUGCAUAGCCAGCAACCAGCUGGGGAACAGCACCUGUGAGCUGGACCUAACAGCAAAACAUUCAGAUGGUGGUAUUGUUGCUGGAGCACUGAUUGGAGCAAUUCUGGCAGCUGCUAUAAUCUGCAUUAUUGUCUGGGUCUUAACCAAGAAGGCAAAAAAUAGGAAGUCACCAAAUAAUGAGAUGCAAGAAAUGGUUCAGAAACAAUCCAAUGCAGACUAUGUUCAGGUACCCAAUGAAGAAAACAUUCCUGUGACCACAGUUCCAUCAAGCAAUGCAACAAAUGAAUACCCAAGUGUUGAGGAAACAGCAGCUCCUGCAACACCUGAAAAUGAUGAGAAGCAAGAAGCAGGAAAAGAAGAAACAGCCUAGAGUUUAUAAUAGAGUUUUCUUUGUCACCUUUGGACCCCUUUGUACAAAAAUUGUUGUCAUUGAAUUAACAUAGAAGCAUGACUAAAACUUGUAUUCAAGGCAUUUGUAUUGCGACCCACUGGGGUGGAUUAAAAAGGGUCUGUUACACAGGCACUUUGUAAAUAGCAGAAGAUUUGGCCUUUAAAAUGAACCAAAUUUCUUUUAUUAUCUAGUUAUACUGCAUAAAAAAAUUAAGUAUAAAAAGAGUAUCAUCAACAUCAAACUAUUUUGCAAAACUAAUUAGGAAAUGGGCUGAAGCAUUUGUCAAAGUAAGAGCUUUCCAGUGAACUCUCAGUAAUGCUGUGUGUGCACAGAGUUCAGAACCACAGCAGUCUUGUCCAGAAACAGUGUUAGCCAGCCUGCUUCAUGUGCACCAAGUAAUCAUGGCCAGUACAUUGCAGUAUUUCAAGGAACUGAUUUUGCACAUCAGAAGUAAAAACAGGUUACAUUAUUGUCAUCAGAAUGCUGAAACAUCUGUCAACACCUUAACAGAUGUUAAGACCUGAGUCAAGGUAAUCUUGCGUGUCUGAAUUCCACCUAAGCUAAAAAAAAAAAAAAAAUCCUGGAAAAUUUUACCCCGUUGCUGCCUGACAUGGAAAACAUUCUGUCAACAGUGACCUCCUUGGCCUAAAGCUCCCAAGGGUGCCAGUGUUCCAGAGCUGUCUGUUUCAGCAAUUCUGAUUUUCAGUUUAAUGGAACUGGCAUUUGGGUACUCAGCAGCACAUUCCUCAUGACACACAGAUAGAGUUGCUUUCAAAACUUAGAAGUGACACUGCCUUCUAUACAGCACACGAAUUUUGAUUGCUUCCUCUGUCUGAGAUGAUUUAAAUCUCUUUCCAGGCUAGUCCUACCCACUAAGCAAUAUACUCAGGCUACUUUUCUUCUGUUCUCUUAUCCCAGUGUAGCAAUCUGUCUUUUACAGAUGAAAGCAUCAAGAGGAAGGUAAGUGGUGCACAGCACACCAGCAAUGACACUGAGAGCAGCAGUUGAGCCAUGAGUGCCCCCUUGGAAGAAGAAAAGGGAAUUAAACCAUACACAUCUGGGUCACCAGACAAUCCUUCUCCCUGGGCCUCAUUUCUAAUGUUACACAAACUCAGUUUUUCAUAAAGGCAAAGAUAACCCUUCCAGAAAAGCUCAAGGACCAUUUGCUCAGGCAAAUGCAGACCCACAGCCUUGCUGAUACAGGCAGACACUGCUUUCAGUCUCAUGCACUGCAGGAAAACAUAUCUGGCUCAGGUAUCUCAAGAUUUUUGGUACUUAAGUCCUUCAUAGGAUCAUUAUAUUCAUAAAUCCUUUGGUGACUGUUCCUAGACUAUGAGCAUUAGUUAUAUGUAACAUUUAUCUUUAAGAUUUCUGGGCUAAAAUUUUCAGCUUCAGUUCCUACAGCUCUAAGUUUUUUUUUCAAAAUAGUGACUUUAAAAAAUAUAUAUAAAAGGAAAAAAAAAAAAGUGGAUUAAAUAUUUAAGGAUGUAAGGCAUGAGAUCCUAGUUAAUAUUUAUUUUGGAUCUUUAAGCAUAAUUGUAUUCAUUGCUCCUUCCUCAGUUUUCUGACUUCCAAAUAUUUUUGUUUGAUAGGUGUGUUCCCUCAAAGUGUUAGCUUCAUUCCAGAUUAAAAUAGCAUUAAUGGUAUUCUUCUAGCACUAUUUUAGCCAAAAACUGUUUGUGCCAGUCUGUGAGGGUCACACCCUUGCUAAUACCAACUGCCACAUUGUAGCAGUGGAUGCUCAGACUCCUCUCUCCCCAGAAUAUCCGGGGUAAAUCUCAAAUUGGGAUCUAUACAGAAAUCUCCUUAACCAGGCAGCUCUUAUUGACUCUGUGCCAGGCCAAAUUCCUCCCUCCCAUCCUGCCAUCCAGGUUAAGCAGCUUACUGAAAAGAUCUGAUAUUGACAGCCAAUUUGUGCAAACCUGCAGGAUGAUGACAUUAAACACACUCAGAAACAGCAAAGGAACAGUCAGUACUACCUGCUGCUCUUUGAGUGCUAUUUCUUACUGAAGGUGUUUCCUGAUUAUAUAAUUCAAAUCAAUUAUUGGUCCAAAGGCUUGGCUGACAACAAUAAUUUAAAAUACUUUAUCUGACAUUCCUAAGCAUUCUUUUACUCUUGCCCUUCACAGGAAAAGAUUAAUAGCUUCUUGUCACUGCUUUAGCUGCAUUAGCUCUUCCAAAGCCAUUUCCUGCAUGUAUGUUCUUGUCACAUUGUUCUUACUGCUACACCUUUCCAGCUUCCACACCUCUGCAGCAGCAUUAUUGUGAUUCAAGAGGGGACUCUAUCAUGUGGUCAUAUUUCUUUUAAUCCUUCCUCCAUCUCACUUCCCACAUUGAUCUGCUGGUAUUCCUUACCUAACUUGCUACAAUAAGAUAGGAGCUUAUGCUGGUGAAGUUGUCCCUAACUUCUGUAGACAGUACAGCCUUCCUAGAACACCACAGCUUUUAUAUUUGUUAAAGAAGUAGAAAUUGCUCAAGUUGUGUUUAAGUUUUUACAUAAAAGAAAGGAAUAAUUCACCACAAUCUUGACUAAUGACUCCUCUCAUACUUCUAACCAGUGAGUAAUAGAUGAUAGUAAAAAGGCAAAAUAAGAAGCAAAACAGGCUGCUAGGAGCAAGGAGAUAAAGAAAAUAACAUGUAUUGGAAAAUAACAUGUAUUUGGAGUUUCUUACCAUAGUAUGGUGUUUCCUGUAAGCCUUCUGGCAGAUGUUUGUUCUCAUUUUGGUGUUUAUCUAAUGUUUAUUAAGAAGGAUGGGGCACCAUUCCCAGCUCCCCAUUGAUACUCUUGGCAAAGCACAGGUCCAAUUAGGUACUGAUCCACGGUGUGUAGCUCUAAAACCCUGCAGAGCUAUGCAGGACGCACAAACAUUUUUCAGAAUAAGCUUUAGAUACUCCAACAGUCUGUGCUGCAUGGCCCAUUUAUCUUGCCAUAGGGAGUAGGGAUCAUUUAUAUGGACAUCAGAAACUAAGCCAACAUUCAAGCUACCAUCUCCUAAGCAGAUUUACAAAGCUACAGAGCAGGGUUUUUGCUAUGCAAAAACCAAGAAUGAACACAGAACUCUUAGCUUCAGCUGCUCUCCAAUCAAAUUUUCAGCCAUGCCUGUGCAAUAUAUAAGAAACAUUUACUCAAUCAGGUUCCUCCUUCAAUCAAGGUCUGCAUGGGCAGAGUUUACUGUACAGGCAAGUUAUCCCUCCUGCUCUUAAUGAGUCUCCUCAGUGAAAUUUAACCUGCAUUUUGUGUUCUAAGAUACAUUUAAAGUCCUUGGUGAAGGUAUUUGUAUGGUUGUAAGUUUCUGUCUUGCUUAUCAAAAUAAAGUGCAUUACCUUAAUCCCUACAAGUCAAACUGUAGAAACUGCCAGCUUGCAUUUCACCCUUUCCUUGAGGCUGAAGAGCAAACAUGUUGCAUUUGCAUUCUGUGUAAUGGAUGGCAGGGCUUCCUCUUGUUGUUCACACCCCAAACACAUAGGAUGUAUAUUUAGAAAAUACUGGUUUUCUUACAUGUCAGUUUAAUAAAGUUUUAUAAUACAAAA